GUGGCGCUGCUGCGUGCCGAAAUAUAGGAAGUAGUCUUUCUCGUAUGCACACAAGUAAACACUCAAGCGCGCGCGCAUGGUGCUCUCUCCGUCUCUCUCGUUCCCUACCACUUCAGUGUCGCGUACGCGUGCGCGAGUGUGCAUUGGUGCAGCGGCAAUUCCGCUAGCGGCUGAGCCCGUGGUCCGUUGGUCCGGUUGGUCCGUCGUCCGUCUUCCGUCGUGUCGCAGUAGACAAGCAGUAGUCUCUUGAUUGUUUUUAGUAAUUGCCGUUUAAACAUUAUUGAUAUCGAGCCUAAAAUUUAAUGUGUCUCGUGCGCAUCCGUGUAGGAGAAAAAGUGAAUAAGAGGAGCUCGACUCUGGAAUACGUGCGUGCGAUAAAAAGUCAAGAGACGGGGCGACGAUUCGUGGCUCGGAAGAUGCCUGUGCUUGCACUUCCUCCUCGUACUUCAACUGCCCCAGACUUUCAACUUACGUUGUCCCAGAUGAUUGUCGACGAUUGAGACAGAGCAAGACUUUCCUAUUGCUUGCCGUCUGCCGGUCACAGGUCACAUUAGUAGCGGUAGCUGUGUGGCUGAGGAAAAAGUUCGUGACUGACUGUUUAGUGUUAAUGCCGGAUUCCAUUCCGGAACGGAUCGUGGAUCGUGGUCUUGUGGAUCGACGAGGACGCCGAGUAGCUGUCGAGUGUCAUCGAGUGCCGUCAGUGUCGAACGUCGUCUCGUACAGAAUUAAGGUUUCGGGAUUAUGACAGUUAAAAAGUUAUCAAGAGCUUGGAUGUCUAUAUAAUACCAGCUCCUACAAUAGUGUGCAAGUGUAGAUAUAGAAAGCUAAAAGACAAGCUGUGCAAGGAUUUGCCAUCCGCCGAUGCCGCGUUCUUGAGCGCUGGCCAAGGCUACGGAGUCGCUGCUCUCACAUCAAGAUGGUCUCGAAACUGCACGGGGGAAACAACAGAUAUCAGUGUUCGGGCCCGUUUAUCGACAGUCUCGGGGCGAGCAGGAGGGCCACGGAAAACUCGACGAUGGGACAGCGCGAGGACUUUGAAUUCCUAAUACCACCUGAAGCCCCGGUUUUCGAGCCGACGAGCGAAGAGUUUCUCGACCCCCUGGGCUACAUCGCGAAGAUCCGCCCGAUCGCUGAAAAGUCGGGCAUCUGUAAAAUCAAACCGCCACCAAACUGGCAACCACCAUUUGCUGUAGAUGUGGAUAAAUUUAAAUUUGUUCCAAGAAUACAAAGGUUAAAUGAGUUGGAAGCAAAAACUAGAAUAAAACUUAAUUUUUUGGAUCAAAUAGCAAAAUUUUGGGAACUUCAAGGAUCUUCUUUAAAAAUUCCAUUAGUCGAACGUAAAGCAUUGGAUCUAUAUUCAUUACAUAGAAUUGUUACUGAUGAAGGUGGAAUUGAAACUGUGACUAAAGACAGAAGAUGGGCAAAGAUAGCAAAUAAAUUGGGUUAUCCUUCUGGGCGCAGUGUUGGAAGUAUUCUUAAGAGUCAUUACGAAAGAAUUUUAUAUCCAUUUGAUGUUUUCAAACAAGGGAAAACUUUAGCCGAUAUAAAAAUUGAACCAGACAGUGAGGCAAAUGAAAAGAAAGAUAGAGAUUAUAAACCACAUGGAAUUAUAUCACGACAACAAAUUAAACCACCACAAGAGAAAUUUUCUCGGCGAUCCAAACGUUUUUCUGGGCAAGACGAGAAACAAAAUGGAUGUUCAUCAACUAUUAAACAAGAAGAUUGUAAGGAGGAAAAUGAUAUAGACUGCAAAAACAAUAUUAAAGGUAAAAAUUUCAUUGACUUGAAGGAUAACAUGAAAGGCAAAAAUCUGAUCGACUGUAAGGAUAAUAUUAAAGGUAAAGGUAUACAAGAUACAAAGGAUAAUAUUAAAACUCGAGGUGCAGCAGCAGAAAAAGAUAAAGAAAAUAGUAAAGAACUUAAGAAAUUACAAUUUUAUGGAGCUGGUCCGAAAAUGGCUGGUUUUAAUACCAAAGAAACAAACAAAAAAUCAAAUAAAACUAGGGGAGUUAAACUAGUCUAUGAGUUUGAUCCACUUGCUAAAUAUAUAUGUCAUAAUUGUGGGAAAGGAGAUAACGAAGAAAAUAUGUUACUGUGCGACGGAUGUGAUGAUAGUUAUCAUACAUUUUGUUUAUUGCCCCCAUUAACAGAAAUUCCGAAAGGAGAUUGGCGAUGCCCAAAAUGCGUUGCUGAAGAAGUAUCGAAACCAAUGGAAGCUUUUGGAUUUGAGCAAGCACAAAGAGAAUACACAUUACAACAGUUUGGAGAAAUGGCGGAUCAAUUUAAAAGCGACUACUUCAACAUGCCAGUACAUAUGGUGCCUACUGAACUUGUAGAAAAGGAGUUUUGGAGAAUAGUGUCAUCGAUAGAUGAAGAUGUUACUGUUGAAUAUGGAGCAGACUUACACACAAUGGAUCACGGAUCUGGUUUUCCAACAAAGACAAGUGUCAAUCUUUUUACCUGUGAUCAAGAAUAUGCAGAAUCUUCAUGGAAUUUAAAUAAUUUACCAGUAUUACGUGGAAGUGUUCUUGGUCAUAUCAAUGCAGAUAUUAGUGGAAUGAAAGUUCCUUGGAUGUACGUAGGAAUGUGUUUUGCGACAUUUUGUUGGCACAAUGAAGACCAUUGGAGUUAUUCUAUUAAUUAUUUACAUUGGGGUGAACCAAAAACAUGGUAUGGUGUACCCGGUUCUGAAGCUGAAAAAUUUGAACGGUCUAUGAAAUCUGCUGCACCAGAACUUUUUCAAAGUCAACCAGAUUUGCUUCAUCAAUUAGUAACCAUCAUGAAUCCUAAUAUUCUUACGAGUGAAGGUGUACCAGUAUUUAGAACAGAUCAACAUGCUGGUGAAUUUGUUGUAACUUUUCCUAGAGCCUAUCAUGCAGGCUUUAAUCAAGGUUACAAUUUUGCUGAAGCUGUAAACUUUGCUCCUGCAGACUGGUUACAAAUAGGAAGAGAAUGUAUUGCUCAUUACUCUAAUCUGAGACGUUUCUGUGUAUUUUCCCAUGAUGAAUUAGUUUGUAAAAUGUCGUUAGAGCCAGAUAGCUUAGAUAUUGGAAUAGCUACUGCAACUUAUCAUGACAUGCUGACAAUGGUCGAAGAUGAAAAGAAACUACGAAAAAAUUUAUUGGAAUGGGGUGUUACUGAAGCAGAGCGGGAGGCUUUUGAACUUUUACCUGACGACGAAAGGCAAUGCGAGGCAUGUAAAACUACGUGCUUUUUAAGUGCAGUGACUUGCUUGUGCCACAAAUCACAAUUGGUUUGUUUAAGGCAUUUUACAGACCUCUGUGAAUGUCCUCCCGAAAAACAUACUUUACGAUAUAGAUAUACUUUGGACGAACUUCCAAUUAUGUUGCAAAAAUUAAAAUUAAAAGCCGAGUCAUUUGACUCGUGGGCAAGUAAGGUUAAAGAAGCUAUGGAUCCAAAAGGAGAGAAAAUUGAAUUGAAUGAAUUAAAAGAAUUAUUAGAUGAAGCAGAAAUAAAAAAAUUUCCAGAAAGUGAAUUACUCACUGCUUUAACAACUGCUGUACAGGAUGCAGAAAAGUGUGCUAGUGUUGCAAGGCAGUUAUUGAGUAACAAACAAAGAACAAGGACAAGACAAUCUGUUGAUGCAAAAUUUAAACUUACAGUUGAAGAGCUUACCUUAUUUCAUCAAGAAAUUACAAAUCUUUGCUGUGAACUUAAAGAAGCCGAUGGUGUUAAGUACAUAUUAGAUCAAGUGAUUCAAUUUCAAAGAGAUGCAGAAGAAUUAGAAGUGCAGGAAAUUGAUUGCAAUAUUGAAAAAUUUGAAAAGUGUAUUGAAUAUGGUGAUUCAAUUUGUAUUGAAUUACCACAACUUUCAAAAUUAAAACAGAAAUUGCAACAAUUACGUUGGUUAGAGGAAGUCAAAUCCAUUCAAGAAGAAUCAAAAUCUGUCACAAGACAAAAUUUAGGAAAACUUAUAGAAGAAGGAAUGAAUAUUCCUCCGCAUUCAACUAUUGAAAAUGCUUUAGCUCAACUUCAAGCUUUAAUGAUUAGUAUCGAUAAUUGGGAAGAUAAAGCAAAAGUUUAUGUUCAAGCUUCUAAAAAUAGACAAACGAUCUCAUCUGUCGAAGAACUUAUUACGGAAGCGGAUAGCAUUGAUGCAUAUUUACCAGGAUUAAGUAAUCUUAAGGACGUUUUAAAUAGAGCUAAAAACUGGACCAAAAUUGUUGAAGAAGUACAAGCUAGAGAAAAUUUUCCAUAUUAUGAUACUUUAGAUGAGUUAGUACGUAAAGGUAGAACUAUUCCACUCCAUCUCGCAACGUUACCUGUACUCGAAUCAACUUUAGCUCAAGCAAAAAUAUGGAAAGAAAGAACAGCUAGAACAUUCCUUAGAAAAAAUUCCCAUUAUACAUUAAUGGAAGCACUUUCACCUAGAAUUGGGGUUGGGUUACAUGCAAUGAAAACUCGUAAAAACAAUAAAGGAGAAGAUUCUAUUGGAGCUGUAUACGUUUGUGAUACGAAAUUGGAUGAUUCUAAUGAUUCAGCUACUGUUGUAGCUGCUUUUAAAUUAGCAGAGCAACGUGAAAUGGAAGCCAUGAAGAAUUUAAGAGAAAGAAAUAUUGGUAAAAUGGAAAUGGAUGAUUCAAGGUUUUGCGUUUGUCGAAGAUCGAAAUUUGGUCAAAUGUUACGUUGUGAACUUUGUAAAGAUUGGUUUCACACUAAUUGUGUUCCUGUACCAAGAACUCCAUAUAAAGGCAAGCAACGAAGUUCAAGAGUGACUAAAUUCUUAUGUCCAUGUUGCUUACGUUCUCGUAGGCCACGUUUAGAAACUAUAUUAUCACUCUUAGUAAGUCUUCAAAAAAUUCCCGUGCGUUUACCAGAAGGUGAAGCUUUACAAUGUUUAACAGAACGUGCAAUGAAUUGGCAGGAUCGAGCGAGACAAGCUCUGUCUGCUGAAGAAGUGUCUUCAGUAUUAGCAAAACUUAGCAUUUUAUCUCAAAAAUUGACAGAAGCUGCUGCUAGAGAAAAAACUGAAAAAAUCAUAAGUACUGAAUUAAAAAAAGCAGCGAAUAAUCCGGAACUUCAUCAAAGGGUACAAGUUAUUGCUUCUAUGAGUGGUGUACAUUCUGAUGAUAGUGUAAUAAGUAUUCCUGAUGAUGAUGAUAGAAUUGAUGAAGAAGAUGAAGAUGAAGAUAGCGAUGAUGACAUAUUAACUAUUGAUGAAGAUGAACCAAGUAGUAGUGCAUUCAAUAGUAAUGAACACGCAUAUUCGUCAGCAUCAAAAUUUCCUUCAAAAUCGUCAUCCGGAGAGGAUAAAGAUAAAAUAGUAACAUUGUCUAGCAAUACCACUACACACUUAGAAGAAUUGAUGAUGGAAGGUGAUCUUUUAGAAGUUGCUUUAGAUGAAACUGAACACAUUUGGAGAAUUCUUAGUCAGACUUGUACUCCUUCGAAAAGCAUACGUAAAUAUGCACCACUUGACCAAUCGUUACCUGUUACUGAAUCUAAAGAUCUUAAAAAACAGCCUCAACAGAGAGGUCGAAAACGAAAAUCUGAUGAAUUUGAAAUCCUGAAAAAGUUUGGACGUCAAAGAAUAGAUGACAAACCUAUAGUGAAGCGCAAAGGAUUAAAUAAAGAAACAAAAUCGACAACGACGGUUGGUUCAAUGAAACGCGGACCACGAAAGAUGAAACGAAAGGAUAGCGAUGAAGGACCUAAAAGAAGAACUGGAAAUAGGAAAAAGACUAAACAAGACACAUCUGAUGAAGAGGAAGAUUGUGCUGCUGUUAACUGUUUAAGACCUAAUGGACGAGAAGUUGACUGGGUACAAUGUGAUGGGGGAUGUAAUGGCUGGUUUCAUAUGCAUUGCGUUGGCUUGGAUCGUACAGAGCUUGCUGAAGAAGAUGAUUAUAUUUGCCGCAAUUGCAGUGAAGCAGAUAUAAACUCAUCGAGUCAACAGGACUACCAUUCAUCGCAAUCGUCGCAUAGUGAGGUCACUGACACUGAAGAUGAAUUAGAAGAGGACCUACAAGAGACGGUCAGCGUUAUUAGGAUCUAUUAAUUGGCUGCAUCGGCCUAAGAAGGAGACGAUAAAAUGACGUGUCGAACAACUGCUGCAAAUAUCUUUAUAUACGAUAAUAUACCUGAGAUGUGUGUACACAUUAAUAUACAAAAAUGUAAUUAUUUAAAUUUAUAUACGAGAAAAAGUAUAUUGAGUAAAUUAUAAGAUGUUGCUGGUUGAUAUAUGCGAGUUUCGUUAAGAAACUGUUUUUUUAAUUUAAGAAAAUGAAAACAAUGUUAACGCGAAUUGAUAAUGAGCGUCGUAAGUCAUGACAGAAAUUAGCAACGUUACAGUAAUGUUUUAAAUACAAAGGACAUAGAUAGUAUGAUACGUUUAAAGAUCAAGUUUCUUAGUAGAUCAUUUCAGAAGGAUCAUUUUAAGAUCUUAAAAAUACGAUGUAUCAUAAAUUUCAUUUUCAAUGGAUUUCAAAAUUAAACUUUACAUGUAUCAUUUUUGAAAUCAUUGAGAAUGGAAUUUAUUGUACGUUUACACUGCAACAUAUU